GUUUUCGGGGCGCUAGUUCUUCUGGCUCCUGGCGUCAGCUAUGGCGGAGGCGAUGGAUCUGAGCAAAGACGUCAACGGGCCUACUCAUUCCUCGACUCUGUUCGUGAGGGAAGAUGGCAGCUCCAUGUCGUUCUACGUGCGUCCCAGCCCGGCGAAACGCCGGCUCUCGACGCUCAUCCUGCACGGCGGCGGUACCCUGUGCCGGGUGCAGGAGCCCGGGGCCGUGCUGCUGGCCCAGCCCGGGGAGGCGGCUGCCGAGGCCUCGGGAGACUUCAUCUCCACGCAAUACAUUCUGGACUGCGUGGAGCGCAACGAGAGGCUCGAGCUGGAGGCCUAUCGGCUGGGCCUGGCCCCGGUAGCCGACCAGGCACCGGAAACGAAGCCAGGCGCUCAGGCUGAGGGCGUUGCCCCCGAGUCGGAGCGGCAGCCGCCCACGGGACGGGUAGCCUUCACCGAUGCGGACGAUGUGGCCAUCUUGACCUACGUAAAGGAAAAUGCCCGCUCGACCAGCUCUGUCACGGGCAACGCCUUGUGGAAAGCGAUGGAGAAAAGCGCGCUCACUCAGCACACGUGGCAGUCCCUAAAGGACCGCUACUUAAAGCACCUGCGGGGCCAGGAACAUAAGUACAUGUUGGGGGAUGCCCCAGUGAGCCCGUCCUCCCAGAAACUCAAGCGGAAGGCGGAGGAAGACCCGGAGGCUGCCGAUAGCGGGGAACCACAGAAUAAGAGAACUCCAGAUUUGCCUGAAGAAGAAUUUGUAAAGGAAGAAAUCAAGGAGAAUGAAGAAGCGGUCAAAAAGAUGCUUGUAGAAGCCACCCGGGAGUUUGAGGAGGUUGUGGUGGAGGAAAGCCCUGAUUUUGAAAUACACAUAACAAUGUGUGAUGAUGAUCCACCAACACCUGAGGAAGACUCAGAAACACAGCCUGAUGAAGAAGAAGAAGAAGAAAAAGUUUCUCCACCAGAGGUGGGAGCUGCCAUUAAGGUUAUCCGACAAUUAAUGGAAAAGUUUAACUUGGAUCUAUCAACAGUUACACAGGCCUUCUUAAAAAAUAGUGGUGAGCUGGAGUCUACAACAUCUUUUUUAGAGUCUGGUCAGAGGGCUGAUGGGUAUCCUAUUUGGUCCAGACAGGAUGACUUAGAUUUGCAAAAAGAUGAUGAGGAUGUCCGAAAUGCGUUGGUGAAAAAAUUUGGUGCUCAGAAUGUAGCUCGGAGGAUUGAAUUUCGAAAGAAAUAAUUCACAAGACAAUGAGAAAAGAGAAAAGAUGUGGCAGAUGAGGUGGUAAAAAAAUUUUUGUGACCAUUGAACUUUAGAGAUUUUUAUAUUGGAACUGACACUUGUCUUCUGACCAAUGCUGUCAUUACUCUGUGAGUCCUAGAUUUUGCAGCUACACAGAGUUGUGUAGGAGGAUAAAAAUAAAAGAUACUGGAUGUAUUUAGAGCUGUCCUUGGCAGUAUCAAUGUGUUUCUGAAAGGAAAAUAUAAACCAGAGAGAGGCUGGUCAACAUAGUAAUCUUUUUUUUGGAAUGGAACCUGUAUUAUAUUGGUGACAGGAGCUAGUGACCAAGUCAGAGGAGAAUAAGGAGACAGGUCUUUUCUGGAAGUGUGAAUAAAGAACCUCCUGUCCUUUGGCAGAUGCUCCUCUAGAUUGUGACAGAUUCUAAAUCAAGAACCUAGAAAUAUGGAAGGAUUUCAUUACCAGGCCUUGAACAUGGGCCAUCCCAUACCCUUGCAUCUUUUAGUGAGCUUGGGUUUCUAAACUGCUUUGAAAACCCCAUUUUUUUUUUUUUGCUGACAAUAUUUGGGGACCCUGUUCCUUGAUGGUUCUUUUCUUUGAGUCCUAUCAGUCAAGUAUCUAGCUUGUGUUUCUUCACUUACUAUCUGGUUUUGUUUAAAAUACAAAACAAGAGUCUCAAGAAUAGUCUUACUUGGAUAUUAGUAAUAAGUUUUUAUUUAUUGAGGGUAGUUUUGUGCUAAGGCUGUGUUAGAUUUAAAAAUUAGUGGACUAAUUCCUCUUUGUUGUGUUGCUUUUUAUUGAAAAUAAAUGGAACUUUGUAUUUGAGUCUCCAA